CUGUGCUUAGCCGAUCUGCAAUGUCCUCCGUCGAGGAGCCGCAGUGGCUGCGCGAUGAGCUCGAGCGGCUGUCUCGCGAAUUGAGCGAGACGACGCAUGAGAAGAUCCAAGCGGCCGAAUACGGACUGGCGGUGUUGGAGGAGAAACAGCAGCUGAAGCAACAAUAUGAAGAGCUGGAGGCGGAAUAUGAGGGAGUGCGACAGGAGCUGGAGCAGCUCAGAGAGGCAUUUGGACAAGUUCAUUCUAACCAUAAGAAAGUGGCUGCAGAUGGAGAAAUCCGUGAAGAGUCUUUAAUACAGGAGUCUGCAUCCAAGGAGGCUUACUAUGAACAGAGAGUUUUGGAGCUUCAGACAGAGCUUAAACAGUUGCGUAAUGUUCUGGCCAAUGCCCAGUCUGAGAAUGAUCGGCUCACCUCUGUUGUUCAGGAGUUGCGAGAGAACAAUCAGGUGGUGGAGCUGCAGCGAACCCGCUUGCGUGAUGACAUCAAGGAGUACAAAUUUCGGGAGACUCGCCUUCUGCAAGACUAUACAGAACUUGAAGAAGAAAACAUUUCCUUGCAGAAACAAGUAUCCAUCUUGCGACAAAAUCAGGUUGAGUUUGAAGGCUUAAAACAUGAGAUUCGAAGGUUGGAGGAAGAGACAGAGUUUCUUAAUAGCCAGCUUGAUGAUGCUAUCCGGCUUAAAGAAAUUGCAGAGCGUCAGCUGGGAGAAGCCUUGGAAACUAUCAAAACAGAGCGGGAGCAAAAGAACAACCUGAGGAAGGAGCUUUCACAUUACAUGACUAUCAGUGACUCUAUGUACAACAGUCCUUUGAGUAUCUCGCUGGAUGGGCUUAAAUUCAGUGACGACGCUUCAGAGCCCAACAAUGAUGAUGUCCUCAAUGGUUAUGAUAACAGCACGAUUACAAAGAUCAAUGGUAGCAGUGAGAACAAGAUGUCUGCACCAAAGAAAAAUGACCUUUUCCAGCCAGCUCCUAGUCUUGUCAAUGACCUCCUCAGUGAGCUCAACAUCUCUGAAAUUCAGAAGCUUAAGCAGCAGCUAAUGCAGGUGGAAAGGGAAAAAGUGAAUUUGCUGUCCACUCUGCAAGACUCUCAAAAACAACUAGAGCAUGCACGAGGGGCACUAUCAGAACAGCAUGAAAAGGUUGGCAGACUCACUGAGAAUCUCAAUGCUAUGAAGAAGCUGCAGGCCAGCAAGGAGCGUCAAUCUGCACUAGAUAAUGAGAAAGAACGUGACAGCCAUGAAGAUGGUGACUAUUACGAAGUUGAUAUUAACGGCCCUGAAAUUUUAGAAUGCAAGUAUAAGUUGGCUGUGGCAGAAAUUGGAGACCUCAAAGAGGAACUGAAAACAUUGAAAACCAAGUAUGACGAAUAUGAAUCCAAGUAUGAAGAAGAAAAGAGUCGCAGAGAGAGUGAAGUGCAGGCCUUGACAGAAAAUCUUUCCUCCUUAGAGAAGACUAAUCGAACAGACAGAGACCAGUUAGUGAGGAUUGAGAAGGAGCUCAGAAAGGUGAGUGAUGUUGCUGGAGAAACACAGGGUAGCCUUAGUGUGGCCCAGGAUGAACUGGUCACUUUCAGUGAAGAACUUGCAAACCUCUACAACCAUGUCUGCAUGUGCAACAAUGAAACGCCAAACAGGGUGAUGCUGGAUUACUACAAGGAAGGAAAAGGUGGACGCACCAGCCCAGAGGGUCGAGGUCGCAGGUCCCCUAUCUUACUCACAAAAGGACUUUUUCCCGAGCCCCCAAAAGCUGAAAAUGGUAAUGGGGAUAGCACUCCAUCUCCUGUCUCCUCUCUUCCAUCCCCUGUGUCAGAUCAUCGUAAGGAACCAAUGAACAUCUAUAAUCUGAUUGCCAUAAUCAGGGACCAGAUAAAACACCUGCAGACCGCUGUGGACAGGACCACUGAGCUCUCCAGGCAAAGAGUGGCUACACAUGAGCUUGGUCCAGUGGUGGACAAAGACAAGGAAGCCUUCAUGGAGGAAAUCCUCAAGCUGAAAUCUCUGCUGAGCACUAAGCGUGAGCAAAUUGCUACUUUGAGGACUGUGCUCAAGGCAAACAAGCAGACUGCAGAGGUGGCGCUAGCUAACCUGAAGAGCAAAUAUGAGAAUGAGAAGGCCAUGGUAACUGAAACAAUGAUGAAGCUGAGAAAUGAACUGAAGGCCCUCAAGGAAGAUGCUGCCACAUUCUCAUCCCUAAGAGCUAUGUUUGCUACUAGGUGUGAUGAGUAUGUCACCCAGCUUGAUGAAAUGCAGCGACAGCUAGCAGCCGCUGAAGAUGAGAAAAAAACUCUGAACUCACUGUUGCGCAUGGCUAUCCAGCAGAAGCUGGCUCUUACUCAGCGACUGGAGGACCUAGAGUUUGACCAUGAGCAGUCAAGGCGGGGUGGGCGUAGCAAGACCACAAGCAAGAGUAAAACAGCCUCGUCCAACCCUAAUGUAAGUCACGGGCGCUCCUGUGCAGUCAGGCCCGAAGCGUCCGUGCUUAAUAACCAGGUCUUCUGCAGUGAAAAAUAUAAAAUCUGUUGCGACUAAAAAAGCACAUUUGGAGGUGUAGUCUCGUGGUAUUUCUACACCUUACAUAGAUGUGAAGCCCCACACUACAGUGAAUUUUCUAACUUGUGUUGGUUUGCUGUCAUAACUGUUUGGCUACUACUAGUUGUUGUUGUCUGCUAGAAAAAUGUGUAUAAGAAUGCUGUUAGCCAGUUGGUAAUAUUAUAUGGCAUGAAAAUAGCUCUUUGCAGAUUAGCACCUGUGCCUUGGCAUUGCUAAUGAAGACUUUACAGCAGCGUCUGUGAAAGUAGUGGCUUCAAUCUAACUUUAAGCUCCCUCUCUGUAGUGUAGGGCUGCUCCUUUGGGGCUUGUAUCUUAGUACAUGUUCUACUGAGAUGUUCUUUGUCAUCCCAUUAGCCUGCUGCCAAUGCUGUCCACUACGCUAAGGCCAUUUGACUUGUCCUCGCUUACUGAGUUGUAACAAUACUUCAGGGUGUCAAUGCGUGUGACGCUGUAUCAGCAUUUUUGCAAGGCCGAAAAUUAUUGAAGGUGAACUGCCUCCUUUUCUGAUUUUAUUUAACUGAAAAGCAUCAGUGUUCAUUGAUGCCCCACAAAUAAGAAGGAUAUUGCUAUCUGUGGGUCUUUUUUUAUAACAGUUUUAACCAUGUUAUAGCCUGUGUCAAAUUUAGCAGUUUGUUACAUUACACAGUACUUAAAAACAAGCAUAAUGAUGUCAAGUCCACAGUUAUGCAGCACAUAAUAAACUUAACUUCUCUCUGUUUUAUAAAUGGAAACAGUCUGCACGUAAAAGAAAAAGCUGGAUAAAAUAAUGUUUUGUAUUUGAAAACAGACCAAAGCCAUAAUGCUUAUUUUUUUCUGUCUUCAUUUCGUGUGAAAUGCGUUUUAGCUUUGACCAAUUGUUAUUGCAUUCUAGUUUUGCGGUUUACUUAUGGAUAGCUCAUUCUGAAAUCGGAGUGCGUCUAAUGCUGUUGCACUUGUUUACAGUUCAGCAUAUGCAAAGAGGUUUUUUUUUUCUCUUUUUAAAUUUAACGGCAUAGCCUGCUGGCUAUGAUAAUAUUAAUGGGUAUCGAUUUAAAAUAAUUGACAGCAGGUUUUACUUGAGCAUUGUUAAAUACUUUUGAAAUUUUUCUAACUUACCUUCACUCUUUCUUAAGUUACCUUGUGGGGGCAAAAGUAGUUUAGCGCUCUUUUUUUGUUGUAAAAUUGCAUAACUGCCUCUUGUUAAUGUGGCAGCUGGUAUAUCUGAGUAUUGCCAGGAGCAUGGAGCAUUGCUUUUCAGUAUUAUAGUUAAUGCUACUUGUGCGUCUUGGCUCAAUAUUAUAAUGCUAAUAGUAAUGCAAAGUGUAUAAUGUUUAAUGCAAGCACAGAUACCACAGGGCUCUACAUUACACUUUGGAGUCAGCAAAACAGCCUGUGUAAUGAAUUCUCUAUGUGUCCCCCAUAACUUGAUCACGUUAUGGGAGAAUUUAAAUAAUAGCCAUUCAGAUUCAGUCAAUCAGAAUUAUUUAAAAAAAAUGUUAAAAGUGUACUUCAAAAUUGGUGCCUAUAUUUGUUUAUCAAAAAAAUAACUGAUGUGAAAUCCAAAAAAAAAAAGCCAAAAGCAAAAAAAGUAUAAUUGAUUAUGAUUAAUAAUUAGUCUAUUUUGUCUACAGUUAUUUCUAAUCUCACGAGCACAAAGAGGCACAUUAUUUUGAAUUAAGAACAAAUCAAAUUAUGUUACAUGAAAAGUGCCUGUUCCUCAAGUCAUUUACCAUUUAAAUGUAAAGCCCUGUUACCUUUUUUUUUUUCCUCUUUUUUGUCUGUACUGCAGACGGUAGUCGCAUGUGUACGUCUUCUGUAUGUCUUUCUUUGAUUGUCUCCCGCUCCUAUGCUUCAGUCCCUCACAUGGAGGCAGCAGACUGCUAAGCACUUGGCUCUGUUUCUUUCCGUUUCUCUUUGUCUGCUAUGUUACAUGACUGCAAUUUCUUUUAGAUCGUCAGCAGCUUGCUUCCUCCACAUCACCGCUCUACUUGCCCCCAUUAUUAACGAAAGGUAACUCCUGAGCCAUCUUGCUUCCUAGAACUAUUGAGGCUGCAAGCUGCCUGUAACAAUUCCCUUUAAUGCCGCUGGAUGUUGAAGCCAGAAAAUGCAAGAAAACUGUUUUCAUUUUUAUCUAGCAUUUUGCAUUACUAAACCUAUGUCUUCAGCCUGAGGUAUCUUUAUAAGAUUAAGAAAUUUUGAUCAGAUUUGGCAAAAAAAUAAAUCAAUGAUCAUGCCUAAAGUGAAACGAGCCUCAGUUUACAGAAACUGAGUGAUUUUUAUUGGGCUCUGAGUUGGAAAAAAAGAUUUAAUUAUUAUUACUUAAUGAGAAAAUAAGAUGAGCAAAUUUUAUACACAAGUUCAGUGAACUUUUUCAGGCUCUGUACUGGAAACCAUACUAAUCAGAUUGAUCAAUUCAUGAAUAAUGUUCUUUCUGAAAAAAUGUCAGAAGUAAACCAGCUGCAGCAAUAGCUUUAUAGUUAUUUGUAGAUAUUUUCAGCUUCUGUAUGGAUAUGCAGAUCUCCUUUUUCAUAAUAUGCUGACACCUCUGGCGUGCAGAUCAUAACGUACACAGUCAUAGUCCACUGCUCAUUUACACGUGAAUGUUAGCUUUAAUAUAUAAACUUAAAUAAGGAAGCAGGGUUGAAACAUGAAAGGUGUAAAAUAGGGAAAUUAGAGCACAUAAGAUUUUUUGAUACAGGUGCGAGUAUUUUAAUUUGUUGUUUAAUAUUGUUGAAUAAGGUUACGCUGUUUUUGAAACUGUAUUAAAGGUUUACUACUAAAAUAGCUUAAUUAGAUAUUUUAAAAUCCUAAUUCUACUAAAACAAAGGAACUCAUGAUUAGUGGUUCAUUUUGUUGAAGACAACUGUGAUGUUCAAUCCUGCUUUCCAUUAUGCUGCAUAACCCUCAAAGGCCUUCUAUCUCAUAUUUUGUGCGUAUUUUUUUUUAAUAUUUGCAACUACUAAUGGAUAUUAUAUCCGGCAUUGAAAGCUCUGUUCGGUAAAUUGCAUUUGUUGUAUUGCUUCCACAGGGUUAGGAAGCCUUCCUUUUUUAUAUAAGGGCUGAUUGCUCUUGUGUCAUGAAACCAGCCUGUAUGUGACAUUAAAUUUAAAGCAAAAACUGAGAUUUGCAGAUGGUAGGAAGGGCCUGGGAUCUGACAGUCAUUUUGAAAUGUGGAAAAUGUAUAGCUUUUGAACUCAUUGUGUCAAGUGUGUUUAAAUAGCUACUCUAGGCAUUGCUUCAAAGUUAUCUGCUUUUCACAUUAGCACCUUCAAAGCCCAACCAAUGGAGUGGCCAUGGGUUUCUUGCGUACAUCUACAAAGGUAGAAUCUGAUUCUUGCGGAGAACUUUGAACCAAUGUCUACAGUUAGGACCCAGCAUGUGAAAUUGCUUACUACCUCUGCUUUCCAGCUUUUUUAAGUUAAUGUGAUCCGAUUCAUUUUUGAUCUAGCAGGCUGCAUGCAAACUCAACCUGCAUGGUCACCUUUCCUGAGUGUGAGUGAGUGAGUGCUUGUGUGUGGCUCUUUUCCAGUGCAUGAGCAGCUUGUCGGGUUCAGCACUUGAGACGUGGGCUUCCUGCACGCAGCUUUUGUCCAACAACAAGCUUUCCUGUAUAACAUCCUCGAUGCUUGCCUUUAUUUGAGGCAAAAGAGACACUCGUCUGUCAGCUGCCUUUAACUUUGGAAGCUAACAUGCAUCUGUGCCUCUUCAUUCACUAACCCAGAUGCACCAAUGCUCUUCUCUGGCCUUUAGUCAGCAGCAGUCAAACUUUGUUUUUUAAAGUAUUUUAACUCUUUUGUUUUUAUUUGUGUUUUGUUUUUCUUUAUUUUUGCAGUAAUAGGCUAGAUCCUGGAGAUGGACAUUUCGACUGAAAGCAGUUAAUAUCAGUACUAGUUAUGGCUGCUGAUGCUGCCACACGGUAGUCAGUUAAAAUGUAACAGGACUAACUAAAGGAACCUGGACAGUACACUAAAAACAAAAGUGCCGCACCAAACCCAACUGGCGGCUCCCACACUAAGCCCACGUCAUGUCUAUCCUUACCAUUUCAGUGCUGCUGCAGGAAGACGACGCUCACAAGUGUUGCUGAAAUUCCACUUCUGCUCAAACUGAAGUCAUCACAAGUUACAAUAAUUUUUUGU